AUGGCGAUGGCUCCUCUCCCAACCGUUCGUCGUCUUCCACUAACGUCCUGCAGAACAACAGCACCAACCUCGUCGCCAUUAUCCGUUCGCCGUCCACGGCCAAGAGCCCUUUCCAUCCCUCGCGUCCACUUCUGCGCCAGCCGGACCCCGCAAGCCCCUGCCGCUGCUAGGGAGGCUGCUGCUUUCUGGGCUGGGAAGCUCGCCGGCGCUGUGCCAUGGAAGGCCGCGUUCUCCGGCGUGCUCGCCGUCGCCGUCUCCUUCACCUGUCUUGUUGGUUUGGCCAAUGCCAGAACUGGGGUAAACAAACCAGAAUUGCUUCCUAAAGAAUUUACUACCGUCAUCGAUGUUGCUGGUUUUCUCUUGUCAGGCCAGGAAAACCGUUUGCGCCAAGAGAUAGAAGACCUGGAGAAGGAUACAGGGUACAAACUGCGAGUCCUUGCACAAAAUUAUCCUGAUACACCUGGAUUGGCUAUCAAAGAUUUUUGGCAGGUUGAUGAGCGUACUAUUGUUUUUGUUGCUGAUCCAACCUUUGGUAAGAUACUUGCAGCAUAA